AUGCGAGACAUUCCGUCUCUGCGCACGAUCACGACGACGAUCACCGACUACAUUCAGUCGUUCACGAGGCCGCGUUAUCCACCGUCGUCAACCGUGCAAUCGAUGUUGAAGUUUACAGCUGAGUCGGAGCCGAAAACGGAGAAGCCGAAAACUGAAGCAAAAUCGCUACCUCAGAAGCAGCCUUCCGCACAGCAACCGGAAGCGAAAGAGCAAUCCUCGUCAAGUUUCACCUUAAGUUCAAGCCUCGGUUAA